AUCUGACGAGAAAGGUUACUCUACAAAGAUCAUAAUGAAACUGGUGCUCAUUCUUCUUCCAUUUGUGGCACUGGCUUCUGCUCAGUUUGGCUUUGGCGGAGGCUUGGGAAAUGUCGCUAACAAUUUUAGGCAAAGGGUUUCGGACAUUGCCAGUAGACUUCCCUCACCUCCUGUUCUUACGAAUGUGCAAGACUUUGGCGACUUUGUGGCACAAUCGGGCAAGUCUUAUAUCUCGGCGGCAGACCGUCAAUUGCGUGAGGGAAUCUUCAGUGCUCAUAAAAACUUAGUAGACACCAAGAACUUGGCGUUCAAGAACGGUGCUUCUACCUAUGAGCUGGCCGUGAAUGCCUUUGCGGACCUUACGAAUGCGGAGUUCCUUAAGCAGCUUACCGGAUUGAGGAAGUCAUCAUCGGGCGACCAAAGCGCAAAGGAGCAUCGUGUAUUACCCAAGUUGGCAACAAAUGUGGCUCUUCCGGACACCUUUGAUUGGCGUCAAAAGGGCGGAGUUACGCCUGUCAAGUUCCAAGGGGAUUGUGGCUCCUGCUGGUCGUUUGCCGCAACGGGCGCUAUUGAAGGUCACGUAUUCCGUAAAACUGGUAAAUUGCCAAACCUGUCGGAGCAGAAUUUAGUCGAUUGUGGCCAGGAGGAUCUGGGUCUUGCGGGCUGCGACGGCGGCUUCCAGGAGUACGCAUUUAAUUUUAUAACGCAGCAGAACGGCAUUGCCGUUGGAGAUAAGUAUCCCUAUGUGGAUAAGAAGGACACAUGCAAAUAUGCAAAGGGCUUAUCUGGUGCCCAAAUCACCGGAUUCGCCGCAAUUCCACCAAAGGACGAACAAUCUAUGAAAACAGUAAUUGCCACUCAGGGUCCACUGGCUUGCUCUGUAAAUGGUCUAGAGAGCUUGCUGCUUUACAAAAGAGGAAUCUAUGCGGAUGAGGAAUGCAACAAGGGCGAAGUAAACCACUCGAUACUUGUCGUUGGUUAUGGCACCGAAAACGGAAAGGAUUACUGGAUUGUCAAGAACUCGUGGGGCAAGAACUGGGGUGAGGAUGGUUACUUCCGACUGCCACGCGGCCAGAACUUCUGCGGUAUUGCCAGCGAAUGCAGUUAUCCCGUAGUUUAGGCCCCUAAAAUAAGUAAACGAAAUUGCAAUCCAUCCAAUGCAAGCAUUAAAUAACAAUAAAUAAUUAUGAUCGAUUCCAAUUAA